AUGGCGCCGAACCACAGGAUGGGCUCUGUCGCCGAGGCAAGCGAGGCCCUGGACGCUGGGCGCGUGGCCGAGGGCAAGCAGAUCCUGGAAAAUAUUCUGAAGCAGCAGGGAGGUGCGUGCGAGUCGCGGCUCACCGUAGACAAAGACGACGAGGCGCUGCUCGCCGAGCAGGAAAAGGCACUUUUGCGUCUGGGCCAGCUGCAUCGUGAUCAACAGUGCGUAUACCAUACUGACACCAGGGAUGCACAGAGCCUUGCCAAGACGGUCGUGGACUCACGCCAGUUCAUGGCCUCGAUUGCCAAGGCCAAGACGGCGAAGCUAGUGCGCAUUCUUAUUGACUACUUCAAUGACAUUCCCAACAGCCGGGACAUUCAGAUUGCUGUGACGAAGGAGAAUGCGGCGUGGGCGAAACAGGAGAAGCGCAUUUUCCUGAAGCAGAACCUCGAGACGAAGUUGAUUGCGCAGUACUUUGAGGCUAAGGCAUACCGGGACGCGCUGCCGCUGAUCAACGAACUGCUCAAAGAGCUCAAGACACUCGACGACAAGAUGAUCCUGACAGAGGUCCAUCUGCUGGAGUCCAAGGUGAACCAUGCGAUCGGCAACUUCCCCAAGGCCAAGGCGGCUUUGACGUCAGCGCGCACGUCGGCGAAUUCGAUCUACUGCCCGCCUAUGAUGCAGGCACAGCUCGAUAUGCAGGGCGGUAUUCUUCAUGCUGAAGACAAGGACUUUUCGACCGCUGCCUCGUACUUCUUCGAGACGCUGGAGGGCUUUGACUCGAUUGACGACGCACGUGCGGCGCCUGCGCUCAAGUACUUGCUGCUGUGUAAGAUCAUGCUGAACCUGCCGCACGAGCUGCCUACGAUCCUCGAGGGCAAGGUGGCCAGCAAGUAUGCGCAGAGCCGAGACGUAGAAGUCAUGAAGGCCGUGGCUGAGGCGCAGCGGAACCGCUCGCUCGAGGACUUUGAGCGGACGCUGCGCCAGUUCAAAGAAGGUACGUCGCAUCUACUUACGGCAGAACUCGCUAGUGAUCCGAUCGUCCGCAACCAUCUCUCUGCACUGUACGACUCGCUUCUGCAGCAGAACCUGCUGCGUGUCAUUGAGCCCUACUCGCGCAUCGAGCUAGCCCACAUUGCGAAGCUCGUGCACCAACCUGUGCGUGAAGUGGAACAAAAGUAG